AAAAGGAAUAAUCUUCCAUAAUGGACCAAAAACAGAAGAACGUCAAACGUACUGGUACUACCACCGACCCUCAAUUUGUACGUUAUGCUUCCAAUUCGAGUAGUGGUGUCCUCAUGGUGGGACCCAAUUUUCGAGUUGGUAAAAAAAUUGGUUGUGGUAAUUUUGGCGAACUCCGUUUAGGGAAAAAUCUAUAUAACAAUGAACAUGUAGCUAUUAAAAUGGAACCUAUGAAAUCAAAGGCUCCACAAUUACACUUGGAAUACAGGUUUUAUAAGUCACUCGGAUCUCAUGAAGGUAUACCAAAUGUAUAUUACUUCGGACCCUGCAGUAAGUACAAUGCUUUGGUUAUGGAACUUUUGGGGCCUAGUCUUGAGGAUCUGUUUGACAUGUGUGAGAGAAAAUUUACUUUAAAAACUGUACUCUUGAUUGCGAUCCAAUUGCUGCACCGUAUAGAAUAUGUACACUCCAGACACUUGAUUUACAGAGAUGUGAAGCCCGAAAAUUUUUUGAUAGGUCGUACUAGUACUAAAAGGGAAAAAAUUAUUCAUAUCAUAGAUUUUGGCUUGGCCAAAGAAUAUAUAGAGCUUGAAACAAAUAAGCACAUACCUUAUAGAGAGCACAAAUCCCUUACAGGUACUGCUAGAUACAUGUCUAUAAAUACCCAUUUAGGAAAAGAACAAUCACGUAGAGAUGAUCUCGAAGCUUUAGGGCACAUGUUUAUGUAUUUCCUGAGAGGAUCUCUGCCUUGGCAAGGCUUGAAGGCCGAUACACUAAAAGAAAGAUAUCAAAAAAUCGGCGAUACCAAAAGAGCAACUUCCAUAGAAUCAUUAUGUGACAGUCAUCCUGAAGAAUUUUCAAUUUACAUGAGAUAUGUAAGACGAUUAGAUUUUUUUGAAACGCCCGAUUACGAAUAUCUUAGAACCUUAUUCACAACACUAUUCAAUAAAAAAGGUUAUGUGGAAGAUGGAGAAUUCGAUUGGACAGGAAAAACUAUGAAUACUUCAGUUGGUUCUCUAUCUACAACGACGCACGAUAAAGUAACAUCACCAAAAAGAGGUCUUACGAAGAAUACCAAAACCAAUGCAACUCAAGAAGCAAAUAAACAGCAUCAUUUAGGAAAUUUGACUCCCGCCGAAAGACACGAUUCAGUUCAAGUUUUAAGUUCCACAAACAAUGAACUAAAUGUUGAUGACACCACUGCCCACAGCAGUGCACCGAUUGCUCAACCACAAGAAAUUGAAAUUUUUGAUGAGACUAAAUGUUGUUGUUUUUUCAAGAGAAAAAACAGAGGUGUUGCUAAACAGUGAACUUGAUCAAAUUUAGACAAAAUUGUUUGUUUUUAUUGUUGAAGUAGUCGAAAAAUUUUAGAUGCUGAUUUAGUUAUAAGGAAAUAUUAAAUUCAAUUUUUAUUAUCUAAUGUAUAUCGAAAUUUCGAUGUUUUAAUUAAUACACAGUCAGGGUUCCCAUCAAGCUGUGAAAUUGUAAUAAAAUAUUAAUUAGUAGAUAUAUGUCACCUAUAUACUACACAUUUAUAGAAAAAAAUAAUUACAAUGAGAGGUAUUCCUUACACCAAUAAUGAUGAAAACUUACUGUCCUUACCAUGCACUAAUUACAAAGCCAGACAAAAUUAUACAAAAGUCUUAAAAUAUUAAAAUAUUUUUUCAAAUAAUAAAUUUUUAAAAUUUAAUUAGGUUAAUAUUUAUCAAGGUUAAUGUGAAGAAUUUUUUUUUAUUAUACAAAUUAUUCAACCCCUAAUUAUUUGAGUAAACAAAAAUAGCCAGUGCUGGCAUUUAUAAAUUAUUUCGAUUUAAAUGAAAUGUAAAAAAUUAAUGAUUUAAUCAAAUUUCUAUUUAACAGAAAUCAACAUAAAAACAGGAUUAGAAAUUAUAAUUAAGUUACAUUGUAGGGUCCUUUAAAAAUCUAGUUUUCCAAUCUUUUAAAUUCUCAGUUGGUUUUAUAAUUUAGUCUGAACAAUUCUAAAUAUGGAAAACACCACAGCAGCUGAAGAAGUUAUCGCCUCAAACAAUUUUUUGACUAUUCCUAAAUAUAUUUUUCUGUGUUAUCCACCAUUUAGUGGCGUCAAAAUUUCUUCUCCAAACAGCACACUUCUAAAUGGUUUUGAUUUAAUCAUAUCUUUAUUAUAGAAGGUAUCAGAACUGAUCAUCUUCAUCAUAGUGAUUUUGUUUUUCCAUUUUUACUUUCUUCUUCUUCUUCGUCAUCUUUCAAUGUAAAUUUUAUUUCUAACUGUACUUUUAACAAUUUUUCUAUGAAUAAAUAAUAUGAAUACAAGCCGAAACAUCGGAACUAGUAUAAAACACUCAUAAUAGAAGGUCAUUCCAGCAUUCAUCCAAUUUGGAACUGUUGCUGGAAUGAAAAGCCUAUACUAUAUUAGAUGAUAAAGUUCGUUUUAUAUGUGGGGACAGUUUGUUUAUGUCAUUUUGGUGGAAGGUAUGUUGUCAUUAGUAUUAUAUAUUGCUGUAUGUGGUGAUUUUUAAAUUAAGUCUAAAUUUAUUAUUAUUUUCAUCAUCGUCAUCAUCAUCAUCUUCUUCCGAUCUAAAAUUCGUGUAUUAUUACCUUACCAGUUUUCAGACAAAACCAUGUUUUUGAUUUUGUUAUAGAGAUUUACUGUUUAAGCUAAUAUUUGUUAGUUCUCUCAAUGUUUUCAUCUAUGUACUGCCACACGGAAACAAAAAAAGUAUCUGCAUGGAAAGAGGAUAAUUGGUGGGAACCCUGUAUAAAGAAGGUGAGUUUAUACUGAACAUUGCAAUUUAUUUUUAAAUAUAAGUAAAUAAUCCUAAAUUUGUGGGGUAGGUUUAUGUUUUUGUUUUUGGAAAGUAUAAAAAUUCAAAUUCCAUUUUCAUCUUUAAACUUUUUCAAUAAUAUCAAUUAUUUUAGUUGUAACUUUUUUAUGCAUAAUGUUAUCAAUUAUUUUUAGUUAUAACUUUUUUAUGCAUAAUGUUAUUAUAUACAGAGUGGAUCAUAAAAACCAGUCUACUCCUAUAUUUAAAAGUGUUAGAUAUUUUUCGGAAUGCUUCAACCCUUUUUUUGUGAUACCAUCAUCUGUCAAAAUCCCUUCCAGUUCUCCAACCUUUUAUGUACAUCGAUUUAAAGACAUUUAUAAAGUAUUUAGUAAAUUUAAUUAACGAAAUAAUAAAAAUAUUCGAUGAUAAACAUUUUUGUAGCAACCGUAGAGUAUUUGACAUAAUUUGUUAAUAAACUCGUUGACAAAAUUGAAGCACCACUUUAAUUAAUAUAAAUAUCCACAAUAUAAACACGAAUUAAAAUCAAGUUACAUUGAAAAAAUAAUUAACACCUACGAAUUAGUCGAAUAUGACCUUAAACAUAACAUUAAUUUGCCUUAUUAUUUCCAUAAAAGUUUGUUUUUCUCCCAGCGACCUCUAUGAGUUGGUUACGAUUAUAAUCAGGAGGACUCUGACUUCGAAUCCUCUUUUUGAGAUAGUCCCAUAGAUGUUCUAUAAGAUUCAUAUCCGGACUAUUAAGUGGCCACUCUAAUAAAAGGAUAGGUAGGAAAGUAAAUCAUUUUAGAGCCAUCACCAAAAGGCUCGAUAUUAUAGCUGACAAACUUUUCUCCUUGCCUUCACUAAACAAGCCUCAUGUGGAGCUUUAAGGCUAACUUUAGUUUCAUAGGAGAACACAACCCACAUUCAUUGAUGGUCCAAUUUCGUUUUGCAACAUUUAAUCUCUGAACUUUGUGUUCUCUGCUUUUUUGGUUGCUUAAUCCUGCCUUAUGUAAAGUCUUCUAACCGUUCGAGACGAUAUAUCGAUAUUUCGAACAUCUGAUUGAAUUGAAUAUCCUUCAUUAUUAUUGUGGGAUUGUGGAAAUCAAACACCAAAGUGUUUUUAAUAUUGAUUCCAAGAUUUUGUGUGUGGGUAUCUCGCUAUAUUUUUAUAUUGUAACAAUAGAUGAUGCAUUCUUAUAUCCAAUUUAUAAUUUUAUUUUAUUUAUUUCUGCAUAAGAUGAAAAUAUUCUAUCCGAAUUUUUAUGUUUUCCGAAAAUGUAUUCUAAUGAAUUGUAAAUACUAUGAUCACAGAGUAUGCCUAAACGUAUUCGUUUUAGUAGAAAAGCUUUUAUCUUGUGAUAUACAUGUGUAAUAAAAAAAUUAAAUCACUAA